AUGGGGCCCCGCAUAUAUCCGUUACAGCGCGAGUCACCAUCCUCUCCCUCUGCUCGUGCCAUCUUUGAGCGCACACGGCGGAUGCAUGCCGGGACUUUGAAUAUUUUCGCUGAGAACAACGGCGAGUGCGAUGCGCAACCAAAACCGCAAACUCCACAACCAGAGCAUGAGGCACGCAACGUGCAGCGCAAUGAGGAGUCACAGGAGACAAGGGAAUUCGGCUGGCCGCACCUUCGUCGUGUACGUUUGCCUACGCGACACGAAACACCGCAGGGUCUUCACCAGGUUCCCAGUGCUGCGGGGAAGGUUCAGCACAUUCAAGUUGUCGGCGUUACUGACUCCUAUAAGGAUCCGGCGAUGAUGACGCCGCGGCGCACAGGAUUACGCUGCUUUUCCCGUAGCCACUCCACUUCUAUGAGCGAAAUAAUGUGUCACGAGGAACGCGGCUGGUCACCUUCUCUACCGGCCUCUGUUGCGGGUAGCGCACCGGUCAGUAGGAGUAGCAGCCGCUGCAGUUCCCGAGGAUGUAGGCGAGUGACUGAUUACACCCCGCAGGAGCGCUUUUUUCAAGCUGUGCGAGAUCAUGUGCAGCGCAGACGCGGGGGUGCAACGGAAUUUUACGUAAAUCUUGCACGUGGGCUGGUGGGGUCGGUUCCACGAAGUCGUGCAGAGAUGACACCUCGCCCGUGGCGUCUGGAUGAGGGGCCGGUAAUUCACAAGUUGACACUCGGCAGUUUCAGGGAACAGUUGCAGUCCUUAACGGGAAUUGAGGUUUCCUUGGUAGAAUUGGCGCAGAUGGUGUGGGGAAAAGAGGAGUUCGAGCGGAAGGUACAAGAAUGUCCAGACGAAGAGCAGUUGGCAAGUCUUAGGGUAACUUACCGCGAGUUUUCCACAGCAUUCGGGGAUAGCCCGUCUGGUGAUAAAUUUGCGACCUUCAAGAUAUAA